UCCCUCGCUCUCUCCAUGCGUACUCUAUCAAAUCUCUCUCUCUCAUGGUCGCUGGUCAGAAAAAUUGAAAUCAAUUUCAUUCUCUCUCUGCCUAUAUAACACUAAAUCUACUCGUCUCCAACUUCCAACACUCUUCGUUUCUCUCUCCUCUCUCUCUCUCUUUCUGUAAUUGUUAACUCUCAUUUCACUGAGGUCUGGUUGAAUCGGGAACAUGGCUACAGGACAGUUAUUUUCUAAGACCACUCAAGCAUUGUUCUACAAUUACAAACAACUGCCUAUCCAGCGGAUGCUUGAUUUUGAUUUCCUCUGCGGUAGAGAAACACCAUCUGUUGCUGGAAUCAUCAACCCUGGUUCUGAGGGAUUCCAAAAGUUGUUCUUUGGUCAGGAGGAAAUUGCUAUCCCUGUACAUUCUACCAUCGAGGCAGCUUGUGCCGCGCAUCCCACCGCUGAUGUCUUUAUCAACUUUGCUUCUUUUAGAAGUGCUGCCGCGUCUUCCAUGGCGGCAUUGAAACAGCCUACCAUUAGAGUGGUUGCCAUAAUAGCUGAAGGUGUUCCUGAGUCGGAUGCCAAACAGUUGAUUGCAUUUGCACGAGCAAACAACAAGGUUGUUAUUGGUCCUGCUACCGUUGGAGGUAUCCAAGCUGGAGCCUUUAAGAUUGGCGACACUGCUGGGACCAUCGACAAUAUUAUCCAAUGCAAACUUUACAGACCUGGAUCUGUUGGAUUUGUUUCUAAAUCUGGUGGCAUGUCUAAUGAAUUGUAUAAUACAGUUGCACGUGUAACUGAUGGAAUUUAUGAAGGUAUUGCAAUUGGAGGAGAUGUCUUCCCUGGAUCAACUCUCUCAGAUCACGUGUUGAGGUUUAACAACAUCCCGCAGGUUAAGAUGAUGGUUGUACUUGGAGAGUUGGGUGGAAGAGAUGAAUACUCCCUUGUAGAAGCCCUGAAGCAGGGAAAAAUAAAUAAGCCAGUUGUUGCUUGGGUCAGUGGAACUUGUGCAAGGCUCUUCAAAUCAGAAGUGCAAUUUGGGCAUGCUGGUGCUAAAAGUGGUGGUGAAAUGGAGUCUGCCCAAGCGAAAAACCAAGCACUGAGAGAAGCUGGAGCUGUUGUUCCGGACUCUUUUGAAGCACUUGAGGGUGCUAUCAAGCAGACAUUUGCUCAAUUGUCUGAAGACGGCAAGAUUACAGCAGUGAAAGAAUUCACACCUCCACAAAUACCCGAGGAUCUUAACUCAGCUAUUAAAAGUGGAAAAGUCCGUGCUCCAACUCACAUUAUUUCUACCAUCUCUGAUGACCGAGGCGAGGAACCGUGCUAUGCUGGGGUUCCGAUGUCAUCCAUCGUUGAGCAGGGCCUUGGUGUUGGUGAUGUUAUCUCUCUGUUGUGGUUCAAGCGUAGUCUUCCUCGAUACUGUACACAAUUUAUCGAGAUUUGUGUCAUGUUGUGUGCCGACCAUGGUCCAUGUGUAUCUGGUGCUCACAAUACAAUUGUAACAGCAAGAGCUGGAAAAGACCUUGUUUCUAGUCUUGUUUCAGGUUUGCUUACUAUUGGUCCUCGAUUUGGUGGGGCCGUUGAUGAUGCAGCUCGAUACUUCAAGGACGCAUAUGAUCGGAAUUUGACAGCUUAUGAGUUCGUUGAGAGUAUGAAGAAGAAGGGGAUUCGUGUCCCAGGAAUUGGACACAGGAUCAAGAGAGGAGACAACAGAGACAAGAGAGUAGAGCUCUUGCAGAAAUUUGCUCGCACACAUUUUCCCUCUGUCAAAUACAUGGAAUAUGCUGUUGAAGUUGAGACUUACACCCUUUCAAAGGCAAACAACUUGGUUCUUAAUGUAGAUGGUGCUAUUGGCACACUCUUCCUAGAUCUCCUAUCUGGCAGUGGAAUGUUCACAAAGCAAGAGAUCGAUGAAAUUGUUGAAAUUGGUUAUCUUAACGGACUCUUUGUGUUGGCGCGUUCAAUUGGUCUGAUCGGGCACACAUUUGACCAGAAGAGAUUGAAGCAGCCACUAUAUCGCCAUCCAUGGGAGGAUGUGCUUUACACAAAAUAAAAUGGUUCCUGACGGCAGGGUGGAUGCCGACCUGCUUUAUACAAGCAUUCUUUACCAUUUUGUUCUACUCCGGGAUCGUUUUUUUUUUUAGGUUUUGCAUUGUGGAGAUGAUUGCUUAUUCAUAUUGAGUUAGUGUUGUAUGUACUGAUAUUCCUCGAUUCGGACAUGUCACUUGUAAGCCUCAGUCCCUCAAGGGAUACAUAGGUGAUAGGUUGUAACUUGUAAGCCGAUUUCGCAUUCUUAUGGAUAGGAUCCCUUUUCUUAAUA